UUGUGAUAAAACGCCAUAUAAUUAUGUACAGAUGAUUAAACCGGAGUUCGUAGCUAACCUUAGUUGAAAUCUAACAUUUGCUAGAGCGCUAGAUUAGUCAUGUGAACGGGGCGUGGUUUGGUUUUGGCUGAAGUGAGGUGGCUGUUGUCGGGCAGAACAAGUGCCGCGGGUCUCCUUUGAGUGUGUCUGGCUAAUUUAUUAGUUUUAAUUGUUUUAGAUAUGGAUAUUCACAAGUCCAGGAGCAGCAACCAGACUUCACCUUCCCUGAAGUUGUCCAAUGGAUACAUUCUGCCUGAGGGAAAACUCACUCCCAAUGCCCUCUUUGUUGGUGGGAUAGACAUGAAGGUGGAUGAAAAUGAAAUGCGGGACUUCUUUGCAAGAUAUGGUGCUGUUAAGGAAGUAAAAAUUAUCACAUACCGUGGAGGGAUCUGCAAAGGGUAUGGCUUUGUGUACUUCAGUGAAGAUGUCAACAUUCAGUCAAUCAUUGAGCAACAGAUCAGUUUUAAGGGCAGAAAACUCAAGCUGGGCCCUGCCAUCAUGAAAGAACGGAGCUCCCGGUCCAUGCCAUCCCGUCUCGUUGGUCCAGCUCCUUGGAUGAGCCCCACCCAAUACUUCUACUGUGCUUGCUGUUCACCCAUAGGAGGGGGUAUGGCACAACCUUCGCCUGUCCUCAGUGGGGGCAGCCCCUACAAUCAGUCGUACUCCUAUUCCAACUUUGGAGGGGUGGUGAUCCCACAGAUGCCAAUGAACUACCCACAGAACGUCUAUGCCUACCAGUACACUCCACCUCACUGGACGGCGGACCAGAGGACACGGCCUGUCAAUCAGAGCUAUGUGGACUGUGGAGUCCAGACUAUGUUGACUGUGCUGUAGUCCACAACUAAGCCUCUUGCCAGGUACAUUCUACAGAGAGUCAAAAUGCAGACAGGAUGACAUCUUGAUUUUCCGGACAGCUGGAAGCAACCCAACUCCUUAGACUGUUUUCAGUAUGCCCUCCUCUGUCCUCCCUUCCCUCAAUUUCUGAGACCCAUUUUAACACCAGACUGCAGGAGCUCUCCACUUUAACUGUAUUAGUUUGAUCACAGUCACUUUGACCACAAUUGGUAGGGUGGACCUGUGGCCAGCUGCUUUUAACCCACAUGGAUCACUGUAAAAAUCGCACAGGAAGAGCUCCCUCACCGUACCAGCUGAUAUAUGGGCUCACGUUCUUCUUCUUUUUUGUUUUCCUUUGUUAAUUAUCCCAAACAAAAGAUGGAAAAGACUUUUAAGCUCACCCUUUGUGCCUAUUUAUAUUUUAUGUUUUAUUAUUUAUUUUUGGAAUUAUUUUAAAUGUUUGUUUGGUUGGGGCUUUUUUUUUUAGCCUCUGCUGGGGCUCUCUGUACAUAAAAGCUACGUUUAUAGAUCCCGUAACAAUGUCUUGACAGCAAUCUGGUUGUUUCAGCAUAGAAGUAUGCUUCUUUAAAUCCAGCCCAGGUCUAAUGCUUCUCCGAUUACGAAUUUGCAUUAACUUGUCUACUACAGCAUAAGAGCACGUGGUCAUUCAUUAAUUUCAAGCACUCACAUUUAUUUUGUGCUCCAUUUUUAUUUCAUAGGGUGUCGGUUGAGGUGGUAAAUGAAAGGCAGUUUUAUCACAUUAAAGCGCCUCAUCAAUAUCACUGAUUUCUUGUCUCGGUCAAACACCAGACUUUUCUAGGUUAGUUCCACAGAGCAUGUUUAGGCACACGGAUCAACUGUGUUACAUUUCUAAGCUGUCCCAUCUUGUGACCGCUCUUUCUCAAAUGAUUCCAGGGGUUCACACUCGAGGACAAUCACGGCAUCAAUUUUGUUUCCCAUUACUCAUCAAUCAACUUUUAUUUGGGGGAGAAAAAAAAAAAGGUGGAAAGUAGUUUUAAUCCACACUCAAAAUGAAGGACAUGAUUUAAAGUAAAGUGCUCUAUUACAUCUGUUUGGGGAAAACGUUCACUGUACAUGGUUCCCUUUAUACUGGUUUGUUGCAACAUUUUGGGUUUUAAUCUAGCUGCAGGUGAUCUUACAGGUGAGACCAAUACUUCUUUAUACUUUUUUUUUUUUUUUUUCCAAAGUAAGUGCACAUAAUUUUUCUGAAGUUUAAUUUUAGGAGCAGCUUUUUAUGGUUGGAGAUGCACGUUUGGUGUAUGGUACACAUGACAGCUGUUAUCUUUUGACCCAGUUCUGUGUAGUUUUACAUUGGCCUUGACCUCAGGGUCUCCUGUGUGCAGACAUCUGAUUGUAUCUAUAGAAUUGUUUUGUUCAGAGAGCCUUGGCACCACACCUGUUAGGUUUGAGUUAUUGUUAGUGUUCAUGUUUUGCAGGGUUUGGAUAUUUUUUUGUUAAAAUAAAAGUUGAAAUGUGUUAUCAUUUAA